AUGAGAUUGGUUGGUUUGACUUUGAGCAUUGAGACCCAUAACAAGUCCGAAGUGACUGAAGAGACGGAAACCAAGAGUCUGAAUCUGAUUGCUAUGUGUGCCGAUGCACAUUUUCAUUAUGUUUGGGAAUUCAAAAAACGUGUACAUUGAGUGGCUGAAGCUGAAGGGUUUGCUUCAGCCCGAGUGUUGCAGGAAAGUGGAUCGGCAAAUCAUGUUUGCGGUCUUUUGCUCCAAGCGACGAAGACAGGAAUUAGUAGUUGCUGGAGCUUCCUGCAGCAUAUUAAAAUUUUUAAUUCAGGCAUAACUAGUAGCAUGUAUAUGGGUUUGUUUGGUGUGAGAAAGGCGUGUUCUAUCUGCUUGAAGUAUAUUGAAUACAAAGCAGAUGAGAAAAAUACUGGAGGUAAUCAAAAUCUUUCUGUUAUUGGCGUCAGUGGAGUUAAAGACAACAAAAAGAGUGCAGAUGUGACUGUAGACAAUUGUGAAUGUGUUUUCAGUAAUAGCAAUACAAGAAAGUUACCACGAUUUUACAAUUACAAAUGUGCGUAUUUUAUUGAUGUUGUCAUGAAUGGGAAGCAAUUCGAUCUAUUUCAAUCACUAUCAACUCACUAUUUAAAGUUAACACGAGUAACAAUGGCAGUGUCUUUGAUACUAAUUGCUUCCAUAGUAUUAUGCUCGAAGAAAAAAAAAGCCCACAGAAGGAAAGCAAAAAAUAAAUCAAAUAUUGUUGUUGCUGCUUUUGUUGAUCAGAAAAAUGGGAAAGAAAGUUGGAGUAGACGUUAUCACUAUGUAACAAGAUAUCACAUUAAACAGGACUCAAACAGUAUGAGAUGUGUGCCACAAUUACAGCAUCAAAAUGCGAAUAACCUUGAUGAGCAUGGUGAACGUAUGCCUGAGUCAAAUAAAAAAUCCUUAUAUCCACGUGUUAAGGAGCCCACAAUAUCAGCAAAGUUAAAACGAGAGGAAGCAUUGGAAGAAGACAGAGUAAAAAAAACUAAAGAAGGAUUUUAUCAGUCACAUUCUGAUGAGGACGAUACUUUAGAACCAAUCAAAAGUUUAAAAGAUGAAGAAACAGAUCCAGAAGAUAAAUCCAAAUCCGUAACAGUAACAAAAUCUGAGGACGCGAAAACUACUUCUAAACGAUCAAAUAAGGAAAAAAAACUGCUCAAUAAUAGUGCAUCUAGAAAAAAUAAAACUUCAUGCAGAGAAAAUUUUAAAAAUCAUCAAAACAAUUCAAAAGUAUAA